CGCAGUUGUAAAUAGAGGCGCCACGUGAGGCCGUCCGCCACAGGCGAGGGGACGGUGACAGUCCCGGAGCCGGCGGAUCACUGGCUCUCUCAGCGAUCGCUUACCUGCCACGCACCCGCCGCCCCGGCAGCGAUGAAGGCCGCCCGCAUCGCCCUCCGCAGCGCCGCUCCGCUGGCAGGGGCCAGUGCCGGCAGCAGCAGCGGCCGGUUGCCGAAGGAGGUGGAGCAGUUUUCCCGCUUCUCCCCCUCCCCGCUCUCCAUCAAGCAGUUGUUGGACUUCGGCUCGACUAAUGGAUGUGAGAGAACUUCUUUCGCUUUUUUGCGACAAGAACUUCCUGUGAGGUUUGCAAACAUCUUGAAAGAAAUUGAUCUUCUUCCUGAUAAAUUACUAAGCACUCCAUCAGUAAAAUUAGUAAAAAGCUGGUACAUCCAAAGUCUACAGGAGUUGAUUGAAUUCCACCAGAAAAGCCCAGAUGACCAAAAAGUCUUAUCUGACUUUAUAGAUACUCUAAUUAGAGUGCGAAACAGACAUCAUGAUGUGGUUCCUACAAUGGCACAAGGAGUAAUUGAAUACAAAGACACUUUUAAAGUAGAUCCUGUCACCAAUCAAAACAUCCAGUAUUUUUUGGAUCGUUUUUACAUGAGUCGUAUUUCCACACGGAUGCUAAUGAACCAGCACACUCUUCUUUUUGAUGAUAAAUCUGGCUCGGGACACCCAAGGCACAUUGGAAGUAUUGAUCCUUGCUGUGAUGUUGUUGAAGUAGUGAAUGAUGCUUAUGAAAGUGCCAAGUUGUUGUGUGACCAGUAUUACUUGACAUCUCCAGAACUGAAACUUACUCAAGUGAACGGAAAAGCUCCAGGAGAACCAAUUAGCAUUGUAUAUGUUCCAUCUCAUCUUUUUCACAUGCUUUUUGAGCUCUUUAAGAAUUCAAUGAGAGCAACUGUUGAAUUCCAAGAAAACAGUCCUACCCUUUCUCCGGUUGAAGUGAUAGUUGUUCUAGGGAAAGAAGACCUGGCAAUCAAGAUCUCAGACAGAGGAGGUGGUGUUCCAGUGAGGAAAAUUGAGCGGCUGUUUAGCUACAUGUAUUCCACUGCACCAAGGCCAAAUGUGGAUGAUGGUCGAAAUACCCCUCUUGCUGGCUUUGGGUAUGGCUUGCCAAUUUCUCGUCUGUAUGCUAAAUACUUUCAAGGAGAUCUAAAUCUUUACUCCAUAUGUGGUUAUGGAACAGAUGCUAUCAUCUACUUGAAGGCCUUAUCAACAGAAUCAAUAGAAAAACUCCCAGUUUUUAACAAAUCAGCUUCCAAGCAUUACCAGGCUACCUCAGAGGCAGAUGACUGGUGUGUCCCAAGUAAAGACCCAAAGAAUAUGGCAAAGCAGAGUGCAGCUUCCUGAAGAGAAGUUGAUAUCGAGACAUCCCAGGGGAUCAAGCUGGCUUCAAGAGCAGCAUUUGGAAGUAUUCAUCUACCUUCAAACAAGCAAGUUUCAGGACUAGCAGAAGAAAAAGAAGAUAAGAGUAUCAUAAACCUAGGCUGUAUGCACUGAAUCUGAAACCUUGCUGUGGACUUCAGGAUGAGGAUAAUAGGAGCACAUAUGUCUUUAAAGAAGAGCUGUGUAUAGAAGAAAAUCAAGCUAUUUUUUUACUAUGAUCAAAGACUUGGUGUGGUAGGGGUGUGCAAUUUUAAAAUCCUGUUUAAUGCUUGAAUUCUUAAUACUGACUGAUAAAAAAGUUAUGCUGAUGCAUAUUUUUCUCUUAGAAUAGUUAUCAGCAGUUUAUCUUAUUACAGAACUUCUCAGGUAGAUAGAUAGCAUCCAUACUUUAAAGUUCUAUUUAUAACACUUGGAAAAGAUCCACUUAAUAUGGCAGUCUUGUAGCAAGAUACAAACACCAUUCAAGUACAGCCUGACUGGAAAAGAGGAAGCCCUGGGAGGUAGGGAGAAAGUUCCAUUAAAAAAAAAAUCCAUUCUAGUAAUAAUUCUUAAGUGAUCAUCUUAAGUGAUGCUUUGCUCUGUGGUACACAUUGCUAGAUAUUUUAUGUUAAACUGUUCAUGGGAAAUCAGCCAAGUAGGACUUCUAUGCAUAAGGUAAAAAAGAAGAAAAUCAGGGUAUUUUUAAGACCUACUGGAAAGAAAUGGAAAGCUACUUGGUUGUAACAGCUCUAACAUUAGGAUACAUCUGGCCUAUGUCCCUGUUUUCUGGAGAAUAUGUGCCAAGUCAGUUAGGAUUUUCCAAGAACUGAAGUCAGACAUUGCAAGUUGAACAGAAAGGCUUUGGUGAUAAGUAUUGUAUAAGCAUGUUUAAAACACAGUCCUCUGUGUUUGUUUCUGUUGUGCUGUUAGAUUAGUGGCUCAAUACAUUAAACCAAAAUCUGCCAAUUGUCUUUUUCAAAUUUGUAUUGGACCACAUCAGCUCAAAGACAUACAUAGGGAAUCUAUACCCUGAAAGCUGUGGCUGAGCACUGAAGGUCUGUUGGAAAGGUUUUCAGGAGUGGUGUUGGAACUGUAAAAAAUUAUUAUAAGAACUGUUCAUUGCAAUGGAAAGGGCUUAGGAAAUGUUUCAAAAUGCAAACAGCACUGAAAACUACAGGAAAGCUUUUAUGAAGAGCAAAAUAGGGGGAAUUCCCACAGGAAAAGUGUCAGUAGGAGAGAGUUUUUCAGAAAAUGUUCCAUUCUCAGUAAGCUUCUUCCUUGCCUAUCUUCUUUGUGUGUUUUCACUUUUGUAAGCAAGAUAAACUUAACCAGUGCUAAACUAUUGAAUGUUGCCAAGAUGGCCAGUCAAAAGUUCAUCAGGGCUCUAGAAUAUUACUUGAAUUUUUUUUUUUACUAAUUAUCAUAUUACCGUCUGUUUAUGUGAUCCUUUGCAAAAAGUUGCAAAUGCAGUAAAACAUCCUGCUCAGUAUGAUAGUCUUCUAUUAGAGAUUUCUAUUUGUUGGGCAGAAAAUGACUCCAUAUUCCACUGUGAAUCUAAAAUGGUUUUUAAUAGGAAGCUACCUUUGCAUUCUUGCAGUCCUGUUGAGAUAUAUUUCUCAUUGAAAAUUAAAUAUAUUCUGAUAUGCCUCAUUUAUUUUAAAAACUAAUUUUAGAUGUAUUAAUGAUAACUGGUGAGCAUGAUGACCUUAGUACUGCAUCUAGGCUGUUUUUAUCCUGGUGAAUAAGCUGCAGUCACCAAAAUUCACCAGAUAAUGCAUCUGAGCUCAGCUCAGUGAAUGAUAUGGCUAAUAAAAAAGAAAUACCUUUGCCUAGAAUAUACAGGUGUAAAAAAGGUGCUUUCACUGUCAUAAAGUAUUUGAGUAUUUGUUGAUUUUUGAAUGGAAUACAAGGUCAAAAACACAUACCAAAAUAGUCAUUGUUGUCAAGUACACACAAUUUAUACCUUUCUGUCUGCAUCUAGUAAUGCUUGAACCUGAGUUAUGAUCUGAUGGUACAUUUGUAAAACAGCUGCAGCUGAUUCAGUUAGUAAUUUCUGUUUCAAAGCAGCUGAGGCACAUAUGUGCUGCAAAAAUGUUUGUGAUGCUGCUUGCAGAGCAAAGCUGCAGAACAUUAAUGAUGCAGGCAGAGGUUGUGAAGCACUUAAAGAACAUACAUGAAAUUUGUGUAGUAUUUCAAAUUAUGGCUAUCUACCUAGAUAAUAGAGCACCUUUUCCAGCAUUCACUGACUUUUUAUUCUGAAAGCAGAGCUGUAGUUUUAAGUCUUUUACUUGGAUGUAGAUGUUGAAAUAGUUUUAUAAUAAAAUGUUUUAAAUGCU